AUGUUUUCGGGGCACCUUCAGAAAAAGCCGUACUCCUCGAUAUCCGUGCACGUCGAACGUCUAACUUCUGAAUCGUACGAUGAAGACGAUCUUGCUGGGAUUCCAGACCUCAUCGAAGUGGUCAAGCUACAAGCUACAGGGCCGUCUGAAGUUGCUCGAGCAUUACGAAAGAAGUUAAAAUAUGGAUCGAUUCAUCGUCAGUUAAGAGCUCUAGCCAUUCUUGAUGCUCUAAUUCAAAACGCUGGUUCGCGCUUUCAGAGGACUGUCUUCAGCGAUGAGCCUCUCUUAGAAAGGUUACGGAUCGCGGCUACCGAUUCAGUGAGCGAUCCCGAAGUCAGGAGGAAAUGCAAGAUUCUAUUUGGCCAAUGGGCGGCAGGCUCCAAAACUGAACCUGGUCUCGAAGGAGCGGCCACCCUCUACAAGCAACUACCUAAAAGCAGAAAACCACACGUCGACCGACGCGAGCAAAGCAAGGUCCUACAAGAGACCGAGGAGCAAGCUCGGCGAGACGAAGCAGCGGACGACGAACCGCGAGGGCUGAGCGUCGGACCCUCCUCAGCCAAAGCAAGCGCCAGCCGCACCUCCAGCGGCCCUGCCCUCCUAUCAAGCUCCGGCCCAAAUCUCGUCACUAAGACCAAAAAAUCCAAAAAGAACAAAGCCAACAAACCCUUCAGCCUUGAACGCGAAACACCCGCCCUCCUCCAAACCAUCGCCUCCUCCCAAGUUGCCAGCACAAACCUAACCAACGCCCUUAAACUCGUCAACCGCGAAUCUCACCGCGUCUCGGAUGACCCGGAAGUGAUGAAUCGCUUCGAGACUUGUAAGCAGCUCCGCAGGCAGAUCCUCCGCUACAUCCAGUGUGUGGAGAGCGAUGAUUUUCUCGGGGGGCUGAUCCAUGCGAAUGAAGAACUGGUCAUGGCGUUGAUGGCGUUUGAGGUGCUGGAUAAGAGCGUGGAUGAUGAUUCCGAUAGCGAGUUGGAAGAGGCGGCUCAUCUGUCCAGGGCCGCUGCGAUAGCUAAACGUUCAGGUGGAUCUGGCAGUGGUCCUCCCCCUACAGAAUCAAUGGUGGGGCUGAGCUUGCAGAGUCCGGAGAUGGCUCCGAGGCCUGGGUUGGGAAAGAUGGCGAUGCCGCAGAGCGAGCCGUGGAUUUUGGCUGGCAAGGGUAAGGAUAUGAGACGGGAGAAUGGAAGUGAAAGUGAGGACGAUGAUGAUGAUGAUGAUGACGACGACGACGACGACAACGAGGAUAACCCAUUCGGAGAUCGGAAUGCUACGGCUACGCCGAGCAUGGAGAAACAAGGGUUUACUUGGAAGGAGGUUUGA